UCUAUCAGUCAGAUACAGAUUUGACCCGAUGUUCAGGGGUUUUAAGCAGCUUAUAAAGGGGUAAGGACCAGAUUCUGCAUGAGCUACGUAUGAGCACAAGAGUCAAGACAAGGCCGUACGUAAUGCCACACGACCUGUGGAUGGUGGUGCGUCGCAACCUCGAAAUAGAACCAUCUUCUGUCCCUCUGGGGUUUGCCGUUUCAGCAGAUACCUCACAGCAGAGUACUGCUAGAUACAAAGCAGGAAGGAAAGAAUCUUCUUGUCCAUUUUCAAUCCUGAGAAUCAGCCAGACUUACGUGCCCUUGUUGCCAGAACUUGGAAAACCUCGGAGAAGUUCCUACGCUCUUCCAGGCCCCGAUUUUACGUAUGGGUUAUGCAUUCGUGGGACCGAUGGAGGUGUGCCUGAAGCAAUAGGCCACUGGCACGCAAUGAAGCCCAGGCCUCCUUCCUUAAGGGAGAGGCCACGUAAUUACAUAGCCAUGAAUCGUGGAGCUCUUAAGGCUGGUUACGUCACAGCUCGGGAAUUCAACCUGUACCGCCAUGUCAAGGACAUUCGCUGCAAAGAGGAAGAUGGAAGUCGCUUUAAGAAAGCCCCACCGAGCCUGCCUCCAGACAUGACUUUUGGAAUCACAGCACGGCCUUCUACACCCAUCUUUGACCUUCUCCAGCACAGGUACCAAGAAGUCUGGGUGGAACAACAGAGAGCAGCAGCUGCGGCCCGGCAAGCAGAGAAAAAAGAGUUGCAGAAGAAGAAAGUAUGCGAGACGCGUACCACCCUUCUCAGGAAGCACCCACCACCUGUGAAAGUGGACUCCCUGUGGCACCUGCCCCAGUUUCAGAAGGUUGCUCCACAUCUCAGUACCUUUCCAAGCCGUGAUGCUCAUAAAAAAGCAUUCAGUGUCUACCAUUCAGAACAACCUACGAGAUGCGGUCCACUUGGCCAGGGUAUUUAUAUCAAGGCCUAAAUGCGCUAAAAAAAAAAAAUGCAUGCACUGUCGGUCUAUCCUAAUCCUUUUAGGACAUGUUAGCAAUGUAGCAUAAGUCUUUAUUCCAAGUACAAUGUGCUAUACUAAGAUGGCAUAUAGUACAAUGUGCUAUACCAAGAUUUCUUUAAAUUUAAAAAGCCUCCAUUAACAUUGAUAGAACUGAAUAAAGAACAAAUUUAUCAACAAG